UCAUCAAGCGGAGCUUCUGGAGACAAACCGCAGGGAAACCCUGCAGACUGCGGACAUGGAGGAGUGAAGAACAGGAUCUCUGCGCGUUAGAACCGAGGAGCGCAGCCUCCAGGCUCUUGGAGCUGAGCUGGAAACAGGAGCCAGAGAAAAUCUCCAGGUCCAGUUCCAGGGCGGGUCCGGCUCCAUGUCUGCCCCCGCUCCAGCCAGUCGCAGCUCUACGUCGCGCUCUCGCCGAUUCAACCCUCUGAAGGCGCUGCAGCCCAAACGCCGCUUGCAGCAAAUACUGGCCUCCUCGCCCGUGCCGGCGGCUUCCAAGCCGGCAUCGGGAUCGGGGACGAGUGCGGUUGCGGCUUCUGCGCCGGCGGCUGCUCCGGUGCCCGGGCCUCCUGCGUUUGACUACUGCAGGUUCAUAGAACUAGAUUAUGUCCCCAUGGAGUCGGGCUAUAUGGUCUCUAUGCGCCCAACAAAAGGCUACGCAUCGACCAAGUCGCCCACUAAAGGAUACGCCUCUACCAAGUCUCCGGAUCGCCGCUCCACCAACUCCCCCUCCACCCCACGGUCCCGGCGAGCUCCAGCUGCACCCAGUAACAGAGAUCCACAUGGAAACGUCUCCAUCAGCAGCGGCAGCAACUCCGGCUCAUGUAAAGGCAGUGACUGCAGCCCCACCAAAGGACGUCAGAAAUACACUUCAUGUACGGACAACCAUGGCAUUCGCCCUCCUCCCCCAGAGCAGUAUCUCACACCUCUCCAGCAGAAGGAGGUCUGUAUCCGACACCUGCGAGCCAAGCUCAAAGAAACCAUUACCACGCUGCAGGACAGAGACACAGAGAUCGAUGAGCUGCGAACUCGGCUCUACCGAAUGCAGGAGGACUGGGUUGAGGAGGAGUGUCAUCGCGUGGAAGCUCAGUUAGCUCUGAAGGAGGCUCGUCAGGAGAUCCAGCAGCUGAAAAACGCUGUGGACACAGUUCGUUCCAGGCUUAGUGAUGCCGGCGGGCUCAGUGGAGAUGUAGGAGUUCAGAAGUACUUCCAGGACAUCAACACUCAGAACCACAAAUUAGAAAACCUUCUGCUCAGCAUGGAGUUAGCCCAAGCAGGACUAGCCAAGGAGGGAGAAGCCCUCCAAGGCUGCCGGACCCGGGCUGGGGGCUCUGCUCCAGCGUCCGUUUCUGGAGAAAGUCCUGGAGUUGUCCCCAAGCUGACGGUGGGAGGGAGAGGGUCUUGCUCUUGCGAUGGCUCUCCAGCUCGUUCGUUGACUCGGAGCUCCACCUACACCAAGCUGAGCGACCAGGCUCUGGGGGAGCGCCACUGUAACGACGCAGACUUUCCUUGCCUGUCGGGGGACGGCACGCAGGACAGCGGCUUCGUGUGCUGCGGGGAGACCGGCGUCCCCAGCAGGGCCGACCUCCUGCUGGAAGCUGCCUACCUCUCUGAGGAGACGGCUACGCUGCUUAACUCCUACCAGCAGACCAUCUCCCACACUUUACCCCAUUCUGCCCCCCCCUCCCUGCCUCACAUGUUCUCCCACACCUUGCCGCAUUCUUUCCCUCGAAAUAUGUCCCACUCGGUGCCACACACCAUGCCUCACUCCUCCACCUAUGAGAAACUCUGCACUGCUGAGCGGCUGGCUCCGUUUCACUGCAAUCUGGGCGGCGUGAGCUGCAUGAGCCACCCCUGCCUGUCCCACCACCACCUCUACCUGCACCCUUUGAGGGAGGCGGGCAUUCAGACCGAGAGCUGCCCGAUCCCUGCAGCUACAGGGUAUCCCUCUGACCUGGACACUAUCGCAGAGCAGCGUACGUUCCGCUCUCAGGCCUGCAGUCCCACCUCCACCUGGAUGUCUGACGAGGGGGAGGAGGAUCUGGACUCCAUCACCACCACCACCUCAGUGACUACAGCUACAGUCAUGAGCACGGCCACAGAGCCCAUUCCGGUUUCCAAAACACCUGCGCUUCCACCUCUGCCGCGUUCUGCUACUGUGGCCUUUUCCACGGAGAGUCCGUGGCGUCCGGCUGACAGCAAAGCUGCAGAAGAGGAGAAGCAAGAGAAAGAGAAGAGAGAGAAGGAAGAGUCAGCAAUAGAAGAACAGUUAGAAAACACCGAGUUCAGACAAUCAGAGGAGGAACAGCAGACGGAUAGAAGCUCAGCUGAAGGCAGCGAGGGAAGAGAAGGGGAGGGAGAACAAAGGAACGUCUGGGAUUUAGUAAACAUAUCAUCCGGAAAACCUGCCGACCUUAACUUGACAGGUGAGACAGAGGAGACGGUACUGGGAGAGGAGGACAAGCAGGAAGAGACUGGGACAGCAGCAAGAUCAACAGAGGAGACACCAGAGAUUUUCCCAAGGUUCAUGGGACUGUCUGCAGGUCUGCAACAGCCUCAAACAUCUCAGCCUCCCAGGAGGUCCGUCUCCAGUGAGGACAAAGCCGGCGUCACAGUGGUGGAAGUGCACGAUGAGGAGGAUGAGGAAGAUACAACCAGAGGGGGCGUGGCGGCAGAGGAUGGAGAACCCGGGAAAAUCCAAAAGAGCUACUGGAGUCGUCACUUCCUGGUGGACCUGCUGGCGGUGGCCAUCCCGGUGGUGCCGACGGUGGCCUGGCUGUGCCGAGGUCCGGUCCGUGACGGCCAGCCCAUGUAUCACAUCGGCUCGCUGCUGAGAGGCUGCUGCACCGUGGCGCUGCACUCCCUGCGCAGGGGAGGGGGCCUGAGGCACUACCCCGCGGGCGGGGGAGACCUGGGGGGGUCACAGAUAUGACUGAACCGUCGCCGGUCUCUCCCUGCUGCGUCACUCCUCCAGUUGGGUCUGCAGAACGCUGCUUUAAGUGCAAGAAGAGGAAGAACUUCCUGUUGCUCUGGUUGGAGAGUAAGGAAGGGGGGGGGGGGGGGCGCUUUGCAACCUGCUGUCUCUCAUUGAAGGGUCCUGCUGUCGCUGCCAAAACAUUCACUCUUUGGCUCCUUUGAACUGAAUGAUCUGCUUGAAAAGAUUGUUUCAUUUAUGAAUGUGGAGAAAAGCUGGAUUGUCGUCUCGGCCAUCGAUCAUUAGGUGACCAUAGAUACCGUAUUUAUAUCGGUGAACAUGUGAGAGCGAGUUCGCAGGAAGUGGUUGAGCAGCGGGAGCGGAAAGAUCCACUCUGAUCCAAAGCUUUUUCCCUCAUGGUUUCCAUCGGUAAUGGAUUGAAUCUGUCUGCCAGGCAGAGCGCUCAGGUAUCUGCUGAGGGUAGAAACACAACCAGUCCUGUAAGGCAGCGCUGACCUGCUCAAAUGCUAAUAAACUGCAGCUAACCGCAGCAUAUUGCUAAAAACUCUUCCUAAUUAAUUAAAUAUAGUAUUUCACUUAGAAUAUUUAUGAACAGCCUGUUCAGCAAAAACAUGCUAGCAAAGGUGAAAUAUGUAGAAUGAUCAGGUGCUUUUUUAAAGCUUUAGAUCAGGAGGAAUAUCAAGGAAACGCCCCUUAGUGGCUCCCUCUAGUGGUCAGACACAGAACAAACAGACUCAAAGGUUUGACUUUAACUAUUAUUCCUUUCCUCCUUCGUUUAAUCUUCACUUUCAGCUGAACUUUUUUCAUACAUUAGAUUUAGUUUUUUGAUCCUCCUGUAUUCCAAAUUAAAGACAUUUAAUAUAUGCAUAAAACUACUCAAAUUAUUGGUUUAUGUUUGUCUUUUAAACAGAUUAUUUUAUUACAGAUGAGGAUGAACUCAGUGACUCGGAUCAAAUAGACGUAAACAUUUCAUUAACUCCAAAACUAAACAUAUUGAUCAGGCCUUUUAUUUUAUUUGAAUGACAUUGAUGACAGGAAACGAUCCAGAAAAUAAUUUUUAUUACCAAAUAUAAAAGUAUAAAACCUUCAGUGUGUGAUUUAAUGAACCUAAUGAUCCUACCUGAUCUUCCCUCCCGUUGAUCCUUUUCAGAGGAUCUUUGGGCUUCAUGGGUUAACAAAGUUAAAGGAGCAAACAUGGACGCUUUUAAUGGUCCCUUUAGAUUAACAGGGAUUACAUCACUGCUGCUGUUCAUUUUCCAUCAGCGACUAAUCCAGACAAUGUGACUGAAGCUCCAUCCGGUCCGUUUGGUUUAAUGAGAGAAAACUUUUUAAACCAGUUUAUUUGAUGAUUUAAAUGAAUUGAUUUAUGAAACAAACUGCAGUGAAGCUUCUUAACCCUGUGCAUGCCGGAGUUCAGCAGGGUGCAGCGCUGAAACAAGCAGACAUGUCUGUCCCUGGUGUGUAAAUACUGAAUAACAGACAUUUAGCUGAGCUGUUAACACUCUAAACAUGAUGACCAGUUCCUAAAGGAAGCGGUUUGAGGAGCUGCUAUCAUCAGAGCAGAAGUUCAGACAUUUCAUGCUACUGCUGCUCUGCCUGGAGGAAAAUGGACCCUUUACUCUACGAACAUUCAGCCAUUUUAUUAAGGGAACAGAAUGCUGCUUUUCCACAUUUGUUUUCUAACAUUUAACACCAACUCGUAUCUUUUCAAUUCAGUUUAUUUCUAUAGCUCCAAUUCACAUCAUGUCAUCUCAGGUCACUUUCCAGUUCACCAGAUCAUCCAGUCAGAUUGAUUCAAAGUUUUCUAUCUAAGGAAAACCAGC